UGAGCCCUGAGUGAGCUUCAUUCCCCAUCAUGGAGAGUCAGAGAUUCCAGUCAUCGUACAGGAAGCGUUUUGGGCCCCAGGGCUCUAGCAGCACAGGAGUCAGAAUUGGGAGCCACUCUUCCAGCCGCCUCUCCUGGCAUGGCACCCCUCGCAACCUCACCCACUCCAGCCCAAUGUCCCGGGUCUCUUUGGGCUCAGCCAACACGGCCCUGCUCCUGGGGAGCCCCGUGGACCGACUGGACUUCUCAGCUGACUCCCUGAUGAAGGCCCAGUACAAGGAAACGCGCACCAACGAGAAGAUGGAGAUGAUGGGCCUGAAUGACCGUUUUGCCAGCUACAUAGAGAAGGUGCGCCUGUUGGAGCAACAGAACAAGGUGCUUGUGGCAGAGCUGAACCAGCUCAAAGGGAAGGAGCCCAGCCGCCUGGGAGACAUCUACCAGGAGGAGCUGAGAGAGCUGCGGAGGCAGGUGGACGGUCUCACUGCUGGCAAAGCUCGGCAGGAGAUUGAAAGGGACAACCUGGCUGCAGAUCUGGCCAUGCUCAAGCAAAGGUUGCAAGAUGAGAUUGGCCUCCGACAGGAUGCAGAGAACAAUUUGAGUACCUUCAGACAGGAUGUGGAUGAGGCAGCUCUAAAUCGUGUCCAGCUAGAGAGGAAGAUUGAUGCCCUGCAGGAUGAGAUAAACUUCCUGAAGAAGACUCACGAGGAGGAGCUGCGUGAGUUACAUGAACAUAUCAUGGCCCAGCAAGUGCAUGUUGACCUGGAUGUAUCCAAACCAGACCUGACUGCUGCUCUGAGAGACAUCAGGGUCCAGUAUGAAACCAUGGCCACUUCAAACAUGCAGGACACAGAGGAGUGGUACCGAUCCAAGUUUGCUGACCUGACAGAUGCAGCCAAUCGAAAUGCAGAAGCCCUGCGUCAGGCCAAACAGGAGGCCAAUGAAUACCGGCGUCAGAUCCAAGGGGUGACCUGUGAUCUCGAGGCUCUCCGCGGGACAAACGAGUCUCUGGAACGCCAGCUCCGGGAGAUGGAAGACCGCUUCACCAUGGACACUACUGGUUACCAGGAUACAGUGAGCCAUCUGGAGGAGGAAAUCCAGGCCCUUAAGGAGGAAAUGGCGAGACACCUGCAGGAAUACCAGGACCUACUCAACGUCAAGCUGGCCCUGGAUAUCGAGAUUGCCACCUACAGGAAGCUGCUGGAGGGAGAGGAGAGCAGGAUCACCAUUCCAGUUCAGAGCUUUUCCAACCUGCAGUUUAGAGAAACUAAUCUGGACACUAAAACCCCAGAGGCCCACGUGAAGAGGAGCAUCCUGGUUCGAACUGUGGAGACCAGAGAUGGGGAGAUCAUUAAGGAAUCAACAACUGAGCACAAAGAUCUUCCAUAAAGUUUUACAACCAGCUCGCCCAUCUCCAGUCACGAUCCGAUGAUUUUGAACAAGUUCUACAACAUUUUUCUUUCCAAACCCCAGAGUCAUCCCAUCAUUGCAAUUUCCUCUCCUUUCAACAUCACCUGCAGGCUAAUAUAUUUACUGCUCUACAACCAUGACAUAAGCAUUAAAUACUCCUAGACUCCCUCAUUAGAAUGUCUGCCAGAAACAUCUAUGCAUGUAAGAGCUUGAGUUGGAUGUAGGUCAGUCAUCUUAAAUGCAUAAAAACAGUAAAAACUACUGAAAAUAACUGAUACCUUGUUUUAUUUUAACUUUUAUUUUAGCAUUCUUUCAGAUUAGCAGCCCUAGAAGAGGCACUGAAACGUAGCGAUUGUGUCCAAUAUGUAUCGUGGUGGAGGUUGACAUGUGGUUAUGUGUAUGUGAAAUGUGGCAAGGGAAGUACAAGAUGGAGUUUACAGACUCAGUCAGAAUUGGAUUUAGGCAGGAAAUGAAAGAUGUGUAUGUUAGAGCAGCUUUUUGGCAGAACGAUAUUUUUAACCCUUGUCUGGUGCUAUUUUGUAUUUCAUUCCUUUGUUGUAGCAGCCACCUCUUUUUGUGUGUUGCAUCUCUUAUUCAAUUACCUGCACAGGUGUUUUUAAUUAGAACAGUUCUCUCUUGAUUAGAUGAGUGCUAUUGGAGUUGCUGUGCUUGAGUUUGCAGAGAUCAUGAAAGUGCUGAUGUUACUUUUUCACAUGUCACAACCCUCCAAAACCUCAUUGAGUGGCCAGACAACCUGCUGUGGCUGGUUUUGAUGGGUAAAACUGCGAAAACCAUGAUAUAUGACCUCUUGUAUCCACUCUGUUUGAACUUUACUCCAUCACUUCACGGUUGCUCUUCUGCACCCUCUACUCAUCACACUGGUGGUAUCAUCUGUCUCUUGAACAAUACCUUAUAAGACAUAUUUUUUGACACCAGGAUGUGUCAGGGCAUGCCUGUUUAUCUAGCAGAGUUGAUAAGGACAGAGCCAGGUUGGAGGUGUGGAUGAGGUGUUUGGAUGCUGACAUGACCUUUCCCCUAACAGCCUCCAGUUAAUCCACCAUCCCUCAUCCAUAUUUACCAGCCAAUUUUUGUUGUGUUUGACACCACAGACACCACACAACACAACACAACCCUGCACCAGAAGCUCUUUUUUUUAUUUUGAAAGGGAGGAUGCUGGGGUAAAAAGGAAAGGAGAAUAGAAGGAAGUACGGAUGGUCGCCAUAGCUCAAACACUGUAAUCCAAGACUCGUGCUUUGUUGGAAGCCCCGCUGACUGAAGCCGUUCUGACAGGCCCUGCCACUAAUGAGAGUGGUUCUACGCCAAAGCUGGCUGUCGCUGUGCUCGUCGCCAAGGACACACUGAGAAUUUGUGUUCCCAUGUGUCUCCCCUCCACAACUUCCACCCCUGUACUAGACCCCUCCUCCCUCCUCCUGUUUCUUCAAAUAACAUGCAGCCCACCUCUUGUAUCCACUCUGUUUCUUUUUAAAUGUUAAUCCUAAACAGUAUUUCUGAGUCUUGUAGCAAAGACACAGAUGAAUCCUGCAGAUGUGAAUAGAACAUUAGUUUUGAGCAAGGCUACAUGCUAUGACAUCAUGUUAACAAAAAUAAAACAUUUUGUUUGUUAGAGUUUA